AAAAAAAUUGAAUCUAUAAACUAAAAAAUAACCUCAGUGAAUUUUUAAUAAUAUUUUUAAAAUAUUUUAUUAUUAUAAAUAUGUAAUUUUUUUUUAAAUAAAAAAACUUUUUUACAUAUUGAAAAAUUAGGUUUUUUUUGUGAAAUAAAAAAAUUGUCUAAAAUGGAUGUGAUUUUAAAAGAAAAUUUAAAUGAAUCAGAAGAAGAACCCUCUGUGACGUCAAAUGAUCCAAAUGAAAGAAAAUUAGCCCGAAGGAUCAGGAUUCAAAAGCGUCAGGAAACAAUCAAAGAAGAAGUUUCACUAACCGAAACACAUGAAGUGGAAACAACUGAUACUGAAAAGCAAAUUUUAAUAAGCGCAGAACAAUUGGAUAAAUUUAUUAACGAUGGAAAUAGAGUGAUAUCGAAUGUAAAAAUAUCAAACGAUGCCCGUGAAUUGCAACGUCGUGAAAAAGAAAAUGAAAUUCGCGAAAAUUUAUUAAAAAUGUUAGAGACAAAUGCAAAAGAAUGUAGCGAACGUUAUCAAGAAAUUAAUAAUAAAUGGACAACAAUUCUUGAAUCUAAAGAUCCAUUGGAUAUUAAUUCGGCAAUGAUAGCACAAAAUGAAAAAUGUCUCGCCGUUCUUGCAUUUAAAAAUUCAGCGAUUGAUAAUUUAAAAAAAGAAUUAAAAGAAGCUGACGAAAAAUUUCAAUUGGAUCUACAAAAACAAACUGAAGAUAUUGAUAUAUUAAUCGAUAGAAUUGAUCAUCAUGUGAAUACAAUGGCAAAAUCCUUUCGCAAAGAAUUAGCUAUCAUUGAAAAUACAUUGCAAUUGGAGAGGGAAUCUCUUUUGGAAGUAUCGGCAAAAAAAUGGGAGACUUUAUACAAUCAACGUGCUGAAAAUGAAAUACAUGGAAUUGAAAAGAGAAAAGAAAUUAUGAAUGAAUUUCAACUUGAAAUGAAUAAAACGCGAAUUGAACAUCAUGAGGAAUAUAGAAAACAAAAAAUUAAAUUAGAAAUUGAACAACAAAAACUUCAACAACAAAUAGAACAAAUGAAAGCAAUUUGUAUGUUAAAUGUUGAAAAAUUGGAUUAUAAUUAUAAUUUAUUAAAAAGACGCGAAGAUGAAAAUGCAAUUGUUAAAAAUCAUCAAAAACGAAAACUCAACAAAUUACAUGACACUAUCAGCGAUUUAAAGAAGACUUAUUCAAAUUUAGAGAAAAAUACAAAACUAGAAAUGCAAAAAUUGUCCGAUCAAGUAUUAAGGGCUCAUAAAAAUAUUUUAGACCUCGAAGAAAAAUCUGAUCUUUUUACAGCGAUUAAUGAAAAAAAUUAUAUGGAAAUUUGGGACAUGAAUAGCAAAAUUGCCGAUGAUUUAUUUCAAAAGAUAUUAACAGCCGAUAAAAUAAUAUUCCACCAAGUUUUGGGUUUGGAAUGGGAACCACCAAAAGAGAAAUUGUUAAGAAAAGAAGAUUUGCCAUCCUAUGUAAAAUCAAUGGCUGUGAUUGAGCAAAAAAAAAAACUCGAUGCUGAAAAAUUAAAAAUGUGCGAACCAUACAAGCCAGCAACAACAUUGGAAGAGAUUAAUUUAGAAAGGAAAUUGCUUGUGCAUAUUAUGAAAUUAAUUUCCGAUCGCGCUGGAUUUUUAAUUGAAGACAAAUUAAAAGAAUUAUUAUUAAAUCAAAGCAAUGAAAAUCAAAUUAUCGUCAGACUUGACAAUGUUUUUCAGGCUUUGUGUAUCGAUUCGCCAGAGAAUAUCGAUAUGCUUUUAAAUUUUUUUCUACCCUACACCUACUGUCCAAUUUGUGAUAAUAAUAAAACAAAUGAAAUUGAAACAAUUUCUACGUCCACUAUCAAAGAUGACAGCGAAAAAUUAAAAGAACCAAAAGACGAACGAACCAGAAAAUUAAUUGAAACAGUAAAAGAAGAAGUCACUGUGGUUUUUACUCCCUGUGAAAUAAGCAAAAGCAGUGAAAGUACAUUUGCCGAAAAAAUUGACUGCUCCAGUUCCGAAACUGAUAAAGACACCAUCGAAGGAUCAAGAUCUAUUGAAGAAUUAUCAUGCGAUUGUUCUGACAAUUUAAAAAUGAGAAAAGUUACAUGCGACAUGGGACAUGUUCUUGAAAUUCAUGUAAAGUACAUAAUACGCGGAUUAACGGAAUUUUUGGAAAAAUAUCAUUCAAUAAAAAAAGAUGAAUCGCCCCGUGAUUUUAAGGAAAAAUUAAUUGAACGAAAAUUUACAAUAUCGAGAAAUAUUUUAGCCGAAGAUGUAAUGAAAUUUUGGAAUAAAUAUCGUGAAAUUUUUAACGAAGAAAAAGAAACACUCUGGGAUGCAUUACUAAUUGGAUUAAAUAAAUAUCAUAAUAUUUUAAAAGAACGACAUAAACUAAAUGAUGAAACAGAAUUACUACGUCGACAAAAUGCCGAACUUCAUCGAUUAUUAAAGACUUACAAAAAGCCGGAAAAUGAUUUACGGAGGUAGAAAUUAAAAAUUUUACAUGAAGUAAAAGGAAAUCAUAUUCACGGCUUUUUUAAUUGUAAUCCAGGCAUUAUACCGAGAUUUCAACUCAUGCACCAUUUUCAAUUAUUUUUGUAAUUGAAAUAUAUAUAUAUAAUUUUACAAUUAUAUUAUUGUAUUCCUGUUCUUUCAAAUAUAUUUCUUUUUUUUUUUU